UUAAUGGCAGACUAUUCAAGAUUCUAGUGCCUGCUACAUAGAAUGCUCUGUCACCACAGGAUAUAGGUUCAGAUCUUGGACUAGGUGACAUCAGUUCUGAACUGAACAUUUCUUCUGUGGGCCAUGAUUAAAUAUCAGAGGGAUAAGUAAGAAGGGACUCAAUUACAAAAAAAAGCUUACUGUGUAUUUUCAUGCUGCUGCAGUGCUGAACCAGCUAGAGGAACUUCUGAGUGACAUGAAAGCAGAUGUGACACGACUUCCCAACAUGCUGUCCAGAAUCCCACCAGUGUCGGCUCGUUUGCAAAUGUCGGAAAGGAGCAUCCUGAGCCGCCUCACCAGCAGAGGCAGCGAACCUCCACCACAGCAGCCUUUUAGCCAGGGAGGCUUCGGCUGCUCCCAGAUGUACAGCAGCGGUUUUGGUGGGGGAUUCAGAGGACCAGGCGGACAGCCUAUGGUCAACUACAGCCAGAUGCCCCUUGGACCUUACGUCAGCGUGUCAUCUAAUGGCCCCCCACCUCCUACAAGCCAUUUGGACAAGAAAUCACUUGACUCGUUCAGAGACGGGGCCACUCCUGAACUCAAGUCAGGCAAAGCAAGUGAUGUCAUCUGUAUUGAGGACUAGACCAGCUCUGUAUAAUUGACCUGAGGUCAGAAACUCCCAGGGAUGGAAUCUGGAUGGAUGACUGCUGCCCUUGUCUUAUGCUACAUCCUUCAUUUUUUCCCUCCUAUCUCAUAAUCUGCUAACUGAAGCUCGGCUAUGAGCGGAUAAGGCAAUUAACUUUUUCAUCCGUGUACAUGUAUCUAUCAAAAAAGUUGCACUUUUAUCUUUCAAGGAUCCUAUAGAGGUGUUUCAGUAGGUAUUUGCUUUCUUUGUAGAAAAACUGAGAAUCAGGAGGGAAGAUGAAGCAGUUUUUUUUUUUUUGGAAGAGGACUUUGGAAGGUCUGCACUAUAAAGUAAAACUCAAUCAAGUCAAGUGUCAGAUGCUCUUUAUUGGGGCUCGUCUUUAUCUUUUAAUGUAAGUUUUAUUUAUUUAAUUUUUGCAAGCUGUGACUUUGUAAAUCUGCUUGCAACCCCUUGCUUUUCUGGAUUUGCCAACCCCUUUACACUGUGACUGUGCUGCUCUGAAGCUUGAUCUAUGUGAAGAGGAGAGAAAUUCACUUGUUGUUUGAGCCGAUAGUUUUCGAACAUCGGUAUCUUCAAAGUUACUGUACACGAACAUGUGUUUUUAUCCUUUAUGUUAUAGAAUAAUGGUUAUCGAGGAAAUCAAAACCUUUACUAUGCUUUUGCAAAACAGUUUAUCUGAAUCCUAUGAAGACUGCCACCUGCUGGUAACGUUGAGAAAGUAGUUCUUGCUGAACGUGACGCUACAUGUAACGGCAUCACCUUUCAAGGGUGGCGUCUUCUGCUGUACAUAUUAGGAAACUGCAAUUUAUUUUACAUCACGAAGGUCUAAUGAAAGUGAAAAUGACAACAACGGCUAAAACAAAUGUUCAGGUCUUAGCAUUAUUCAUAAAAAUCCAGCCAAAAAAAUGUAAGUUACAGAAGAUUUUUUAUUUUAAAUUGUUUUGUACUGGAAACAGUUUGUGACUGUUUGUUUGAAUGUUAGUGUUGCUUGUAGCGCUACACCCACAUAAACCACACUGGGACCAUAAACUGGAACUUUUUUGCUUGGCCUCUCUCUUCAGACCAAGCGAGAGUAAGAACUAACAAGUUUCAUUUUCUCUUUUAUGUCCUUCCCUUUUUAACGAAAAUACAUGCUUAURUCUCAUUGUCACAUUCAGCUCACUUUAGGAUCUGAGUUUUUGUAUCCCUCUCUUUAAGUUGCAGUAAAAACAGAUGCAUAAACUUACUUGAUGCCAUUAUAAGGGAAUAACCCACUCUUUGAUGCAAUGUCUUUUGUCUGCUGAGGCACAGAUUGUAAAAGAGGUGGUGCCACAGUCUAAAGUUGCAUGUGUUCUCAUUCCAAUUUUAAAGGACCAGGGUUGCACAUUGUUACUCUGUGCAGCUUUUUUUGUUUGUUUUUACUGUUUGUUCUGUUUGUGUUGCUAUCCUUUAAUUUGACUCAUAAAAUGUGUGGAUUUAA